ACUACUGAAAAUAACUUAGCUGGCCUUGGGUAUUAGGACAUCACCCACCAGGCUCAAAAAGCCCACUACUCUUCAUUUUCUCCUCUUUGACCCUCGUUCCGGGGUGAGUGACACAAGAGAUCACCCAAAGUGCCGCAGCUGUUAAGAAGCCGUUGCUAGCCCCGCCGCGGCACAAUCAAAGUUCUGGAAUGGGCAGCCAGGAAGGAGAGCCGUUUCCCUGCUUACACUACCCAAGGCGGGGCGGGGCUGUCCCUCCUUCUGUGCCUGAGUUUUCCGCCUUCAGUCCCGCCUCCCGGCCCUACUCGAUGUUCUCCAGUGGGCAUUUCCUGGAGCUGGAGAGUUUCUGUCCCAUUUGGGAUGCGGCGCCGUCGGCAGGUGCGGGUGCUUCGAGGAAGUGGGCCGCUAGCGGUGGCGGUGACCCUGCUGGUAGGGCUGGGGGCGCUGGGCUUCCUGUUGCUAUGGCAACGGGCUCCUCCGGGCUCCGAGCCCAGCGAAGCGGGAGGAGGAGGAGCGCUCCCGUCACUGCCCCCCGAGUUAGCCCAGCGGCGGCUCCGCAAACCAGUGUACGACAAGCCGCCGCUGGGCAGGGAGACGGAGCUGGGUGAGUUGGGCCGGCCCGCGCGGUUGGAGCUGAACAAGGCCGAGCAACGCCGCCAAGAGGAGAGCAUCCGGCUGCACCAGAUUAACAUCUACUUCAGCGACCGCAUCUCUCUUCACCGCCGCCUGCCCGAACGUCGCAACCCUCUAUGCAAAGAGAAGAAAUAUGAUUAUUAUAACCUGCCAAAGACUUCUGUUAUAAUAGCUUUUUAUAAUGAGGCUUGGUCGACACUUCUCAGAACAGUUCAUAGUGUUCUUGAGACAUCUCCUGACAUCCUUCUAGAAGAAAUCAUCCUUGUAGAUGAUUACAGUGAUAAAAAACACUUAAAGGAGGCAUUGGAAAACUAUGUGGCUAACUUGCACAAGGUACGGCUUAUCCGGGCAAACAAGAGAGAAGGACUGGUUCGAGCAAGACUGCUAGGAGCUUCUAUAGCAAAGGGGGAAGUUCUAACAUUUCUUGAUUGCCAUUGUGAGUGCCAUGAAGAAUGGCUUGAACCAUUGUUAGAAAGAAUUAAAGAAGAGCCAUCAGCUGUUGUCUGCCCUGUGAUUGAUGUGAUUGACUGGAACACUUUUGAAUAUUUGGGAAAUGCUGGGGAGCCACAGAUUGGCGGGUUUGACUGGAGACUGGUCUUCACUUGGCAUGUAGUGCCAGAGAGGGAGCAAAAACAGAGGAGAUCCAAGGCUGAUGUCAUCAGGUCUCCAACUAUGGCUGGUGGACUCUUUGCAGUCAGUAAGAAUUACUUUAGCUAUCUUGGCUCUUAUGACACAGGAAUGGAAGUCUGGGGAGGGGAAAACCUUGAAUUUUCAUUUCGGAUCUGGCAGUGUGGAGGAAGUCUUGAGAUCCAUCCUUGUUCUCAUGUGGGGCAUGUUUUCCCAAAGCAAGCUCCCUAUUCACGGGCAAAGGCUUUAGCUAACUCUGUCCGUGCUGCAGAAGUAUGGAUGGAUUCAUACAAAGAGCUGUAUUACCACAGAAAUCCACAUGCACGCAUGGAGCCUUAUGGAGAUGUGACAGAAAGAAGAUUGCUUCGAGAGAAGCUGAAAUGCAAGGAUUUCAGAUGGUACUUGGAGAAUAUUUACCCAGAACUCCAUGUGCCAGAGGAUAGGCCUGGCUUUUUUGGGAUGCUGAAGAACAGAGGGAUGGCAAAUUAUUGUUUUGAUUAUAAUCCUCCCAGUGAGCAUGAAAUAACAGGACACACAGUCAUAUUAUAUCCUUGUCAUGGUAUGGGACAAAAUCAGUUUUUUGAAUACACCACCCACAAUGAAAUACGCUACAAUACACGGCAUCCUGAAGCCUGUGCAGCUGUUGAUACAGGAACUGAUUAUUUGAAAAUGUACUUGUGCCAAGACAAUAACCAAAAAAUUCCUGAAAAUCAGAAAUUUGUCCUCAGAGAGGAUGGAACUUUAAUCCAUAUGCAGACCAAGAAGUGUUUACAGGCAGAAUCAAAUGCUUACAAUGGCAAUCCAGCACCUGUUUUACGGCUGUGUUCCAAUUCAGAAUACCAGAAAUGGUUUUUCAAAGAAAGGAGCUGAUACGCAAGUCCCCUAUUUCGUGGAUGAUCAAGAAAAUCAUUGGAAAUGAAGAAAGAAAAUUUUAACUAUUCUUUUAUAUGGAGAAGAGAUGUACAUUUCCUUUUCUUCUAUUUUUCUGGAAUACUAGAGGCAUUGAAACGUAUAUUUAAUGGUUACAGAUUUCCCUACAAAGGAAUCUCUACCUUAUUUGGCAGCUAUAUGACUUCUCCAAAAUGUAUCCUCAUCCCCCCCCCCCCCAAAAAAAAGACCAUAUAUUUUUAUAAGCCUGUUAGGCAUGAUAAUGAAAUGCAAGUGAUUGCACUUACAUUUGAAAACUUUUUUUUUUAACUAAAACUUUCUGCAGUGGUGCCUUUCUAAGAUUUGUUAAAACAGGCCAAACUUUUCUGUGAAAUGUGUGACUACAGCAGAUUCCAUAUAGAUUUGUUUUUGUCUGUAUCUGGCAUCUUAAGACUGAGUAGCAAACGUGGUGACCUCCAGAUAAUGUUGGACUCCAGCUCCCAUCAGCCCCCCUGUUGAAAGAUUAUGAGUAGUUGUAGUCCAACAGCAGCUGGAGGACACCAUGAUAGCUUUCUCUGGCUUAUGCUGCGGUACAUUUGCUCAAACACUGGAAAAACAGACAGUACAUACUGGAAAUUAUUGUGAAUAUAAGUAAUCAUAAUAUCAUAAAAUAUCAAAUGAUUGUGCUGUGUCAUGACAUAUUAGGCUAAAAUAACUAAUUAGAUUCCUAAUUAGUUAUUUUAAUUGGCCUUUUUAAACAAAUAAUUUUAAAUUUUAUAUCAGCAGAAAUACUGAACUAGUUGUAAUUUCUGGAAUCUGGAAACAUUAGCGUAGAAAAAAGAAUUGGCAGGAGCAGAUGUACCAAGGAGCAAACUACCUGUUAAACAUGACUGCAGGGUAACAAAGCCCUGACAGCCCUUUCUCUGUAGCAAAGGCAAAGCACAUUCAGGAGGGGCAGUUGGCAGCAUAGAGGGAAAAGGGAACAGUUAACUUUUUCUUGCUAGUCACUGUUCUUUUGAAGCUUCCCCUUCCAAUCUGCUUUUAGUAUUCUGAACCUGCAUUUACCUCACAAACACAGGUCUAGAACCUGUGGGUACAAAGGCAGCUGCAGAGGGGGGUAUUUCAGGAGGACAGCAGCUGGCAGGAGAUGGGUUAAGCAUUCCAUUUCUUCCUGACCUUUCCCCAAUGUAGAUCACCCUUUCUGAAGCUGUUUUGCAAUGGCAAAGUAGAUGCUGGGCUUUGUUUCAUGUUUGUGAUAUAAUGGAUGGUUUGUCCCUAAUAAUUAAUAAGGCAACCAAGGCUUUAGUUCAGUUUUAAAGCAAUAAUUUUAAAAUAAUUUAACACUUUAGUUUAUAGACUUUUAAACAUUCAACUCACACUUAGAGGAGACCCACUGAAAUCAACGGAUCUAAGAAAUACAUUGAUAUUAAUGGGUUUCCUCUGAGUAUGAUUUAAUUGAAUAUCACCCAGGGUACUGGUAUUUAAAGAAUCACUCAAACAAAACUACCUCAAAAAAUUAUUAAACUGAAGAUUAAGCUUAUGACACUCCUGUGCCUUUUUAAUAUGAUAAUGUUCCAUUUAAAAAGCAGGAUAAUGUCCUGUGCUCUGUCAGCAUGUAGCCAUUGACUUCAAUAAAGCAAACAUUUCAUAUAUACCAGAGGAUACCAGCAUACUAACAUAAGAGUUCGUAUACCAGAACAGGCAGUUGGUACUGUAUUAAAAAUAAAAUUCUGUAACCUGUUUUCAUCACAGGUACUUUACCAUGGAGAAGAAAUGCUAACUCUGCAGUGUUUGGCACUUCAGUACAAAGGGAUUUCUCCCUGUUUUGGACCAUUAAUUUGUCAAAUUUUGUGUUCUUGACUGUUCCACUGAGGGCAUAACAGACCUUCAAGCCAUAAAGUGUUAAUGUUCCACUUGAUCUGAUAACCCUACUUAUCUGCAUGACAGAAAAUAUGAGGUGUAAUAUUGGUGUGAGGGAUGCUGCACAGUAUUUGUAUUUUCUUUCAGAUUGUUCCUAUAUUUCUGAUUGUGUGAUUAAACAAACAGUUGAUGCUAGAAGAUGGUAGGUUUUCUUGCAGCAACCUCACUUGAAAUAAGUUGAGAGUGAGUGUAGAGGAUAUAGCAUAAUCAAAAACCAUUCUUAUUUAAUGUUCAAUCACCAGCCAUAGAACGUCUCAAGAACAACAAAAAUGAAUGCAUUGUCAAUUUUCACAGAUCAAGCUCUCUCAUUUCAUACCUGUUUGUAAUUCAGCUGGAGUUGGACAUCUUCAUCAGUGUCUCAGGAUAGUCUAUAGCAAUGUCAGUAUGGAGUCCCCCCCAAGAAUGUAUAUCAGUAUAUUAUAAAACAAUACAUAAUACAUGAAAAAACAAACAAGUAUAGAGUUAUGACUAAACAGAAUAAUAAUGUUUCUCUUGUAUCCUUGGGGCAGACAUAGUCAUAUACAGAUGUAACACUAUGAUCCUAGUGAAAGAUGUUCAGAAGUACCAUUCUCCAGCCUUAAUCUCUACCUUCUUGUGGGUAAUUCUCCCUGCUUCCUAAACCAUGGCUAAGCAGUUCAUAAGCAUUGCCAACUGCAGUUAAAGCCAGGCUUUCCCUUACAUUAGGAACUGAAACCAUCGUUUAAAGUGGACUUCAGCUCAUACAUUUAGGAAGAUUGUGAGUUUACAAUAGCUACUGCCAACUGGUUGCUUAAAUACAUUGCUCUGGGGCGGGAAAUUGUGUUCUUGAUACUGGCUUCUGAUUUGUUAGUUAGCCUGCAUGACAUCACCAGUCCCUGGUCUUUGUUGAGCAGAUCAGAGUAGAAGAAGGGCAGACAAGUAAAUUUAGGUUUGACAAUUACAUGGAAACAUCAAAACCAGAGCUUGGAAAAGUUACUUUUUUGAACUACAACUCCCAUCAGCCCCAGCCAGCGGCCACUGGAUUGGGCUGAUGGGAGUUGUAGUUCAAAAAAGUAACUUUUCCAAGCUCUGAUCAAAACAUAGCAUGGAUGGCAUCUGAAGCAAUGUUGCAAACCUGGGAAAGGAGUGAGACAGUAAAAUCUGGGUUAACUGAUAGCAUUGUUCUUGCAGUGCCAAGAAUGGGUCAUUUUUGUUACUUUUCAGAUCAGGCAAAUGGUCUAUAAUUCUGGCCCAUAUAACGGUCUCUUGACAUUCAUCAGCAAGAAAACCUGCGCUGUGAAAUUAAAUAGGGUAGUAUUCAAUGUUAGUCCUACUCAGAAUAGACCCAUUGAAGUUAAUAGACAUGAUUUUUAAUAGGUUCAUUAAUUUCAAUCAGUCUACUCUGAAUAGGACUUUGUUGAAAACAGCCCUCUGUUCUUGGAGGUGGCUUCUUCCUAAGUGCCUUAAUAGUUAAAACAGUCUUAUUCUAUUUGAUAUAUUGGGAGGGUUUUUUCACCUUAUACUUUUAUUUCUGUUAUCACAUGGCUGCUAAAACAAUUAAAAAGUAUGAUUGAUAUUGUUUAGGAACUUUAUAAAUAUUAGUGAGACUGUGCUUUGUAAUGGUUAGAUAUCCCUGUUUUUCUAGGAAUGUGGACAAUCGUAUAAGUGGGAGAUAAGAAUCUGAAGAGUUAUGUGAUUAAUGUAACCAACACAAAAGCCAAUAAAAUGUUUGUUGAUUUAUAGUUCAA